AUGCCUAUACCAAGUAUUCAUGUAAAUUCGAUUGAAGACAAUGGAAAUGAUGACAGACGAAAAAAGAAACCAUCCAUACCGAUACUACAAGUAGUCGGUGACAAUAUGGAUGGACGUGAAAAUGAUGUUAACAGUGAUGAUGAUGACGACGAUGUAAUGACAGCUGAAGAAGAAGCCGCUAUCGCGCGUCGAUUUCUUAGUGGAAACGAUCAAACAGAACAACGCAGAAUGUCUUCAUUGGACAUGUAUCUCUCGCAGCCAGAAGUAAAACAAGAACCCAUGAUAAUUAAUCGUCAUAUAAGUUUGAAAGAAGAAGAAAAAGGCUUUGAGGCAGAGCAAAUGCGACUUCGUCAAAAAGAACGUGAGGAAAUGGAAAAACAUCAAGAACAACUAAGAUUAGAACGUGAAGAGGUUAAAAAAGCCAGAGCGUCCAAAAGACAUUCAAAAGUUGCUGAAGAACAAGAGUCCAGUAAAAACAAUCAAGUAAGACGAAUGAAUUAUCAUAAACAAGGUCUUGGAGGUUUAAGUAAAGAGCGUAGAAAAAAAUUGAAGGAAAUGAUCUUGCAAAAAGCAAAAAAUGAACUUCUUGAAGAAAGAAGAAAAGAACUUCGUAACCGUGAAGAUCACAUCAAGAAACAAGCUCCUCCAUUCGACAUUGAUGGUUUAAAUCAGAUGCAACUUGAACAAAAGGUGAAGUCGUGGUACGAACACGUUAAACAAUUGGAAUCACAAAAAUACGAAUGGGAACAAAGAUUACGCAAACAGGAUGAAGAAAUUAACGAACUGACAGCUCAGUUAUGCUCAAUUAAAGGACACUUUCAAAAACCAAUUCUUCGUAAAGUUGCUAAGCCGAUGUCAACGGAUAGAUUACGCGCGAUGAGUGCCGCACCAAAUUUCAUGCCCAAAACGGGGCAUAAAAAUCCCGUAGAAAUGAAGAGAAAACUGUCGGAUGAUAGUAAUCAGGGUGUAAAAUCAAAUUUGAAUGGGACCGGUGGUGUAUUCGCGAAAAGUUGA